GAAUUACAUUUUACCCCGUAAUCCCCGCGAUUUAACAUUUGAGGCUACCGUGAAAAAAUUGAAGGCCAUUUUCGGCAAGGCAGAAUCCCUUUUAACUAAACGCUACAAAUGCAUGCAAAUCGUCAAAACGAAAGCUGAGGAUUUUUUGGCCUACGCAUGUCGAGUCAAUCGGGCAUGUGUUGAUUUUGAGCUGAACCGCAUGGGUGAAGAACAGCUCAAGUGUCUGAUUUUUGUAUGUGGGCUGAAAGAAGACACGGAUAGAGAUUUUCGGGUAAAGCUGCUCUCGCGUAUCGAGGAACAUGCUGAAAUCACCCUCGAGCAAUUAUCGGCGGAGUGUAGUCGUCUGGUGGCAUUAAAGAAGCAAAAUGCGAUGAUCAUUGGAGAAAAAGAGGAGCGAGUGUUGGCAAUUCAAAAUGGCGCGCGCCGUAGCCAUCAUGGGUUUCGCGGCAAAGGAUUGCGCUCGCGUCCCAUACAUCGUGAUGACCGGUCGGGAAAACCAAGUAACCCUUGUUGGUUCUGUGGAGCUUUGCAUUGGGUGAAGGAUUGUCCGCAUACUAACCAUAAGUGUCGUGAAUGCGGUGAAGUUGGUCAUCUGGAGGAACGCUGCCGCAAGCAGAAGCAUCGGGCUGGCCGAAAGUUUUAUCGCCCAACGCGAUUUGCUAAAACCGUCACGGUGUGCAGCGUACGGGCUAGUCGCAAGUUUGUGGAAGUUUCCAUCAAUGGAGUUGGCAUCCGGUUGCAGCUAGAUACGGGUUCAGAUAUAUCGGUCAUAGGUCGUUCAGCGUGGGAGAAAGUAGGGAAGCCGUCAUUGGUGCAGCCUACCGUUUGCGCAAAGACUGCCUCUAAUGAGAGGCUGGAGCUACUUGGCGAGUUUAGAGCAGAGGUUGCCAUUUGCAAUGCUACAAAGCCGGCGAUCAUCCGUGUGGCUCAAGUCGAUUUAUUGUUACUGGGAGCAGACUUGAUUGACCUUUUUGCUCUUAGCGCCGUUCCAAUGGAUGUGUUUUGCGCCAAAGUUUCGACGACCGCACAGAUUCAGAUUCUCUGCAAGGAGUUGCAGAGCCGUUUUCCGGAAGUUUUUCGUGGCACAGGGCUUUGCACGAAAGCGCAGAUCAAGCUGCAGCUUAAGGAUAAUUGCCGUCCAGUGUUCCGCCCGAAGCGACCGGUUGCAUACGCAAUGCAGGCUACAGUAGAGGAAGAGCUCGAUCGCCUGGUCAAGAUGAAUGUGAUCACACCUGUUGAUUACUCGGAAUGGGCGACACCAAUAGUCGUCGUACGCAAAAGCAGUGGAGCUAUUCGAAUCUGCGGCGAUUAUUCGACGGGGUUGAACGAUGCGUUGCGUCCGCAUGAAUAUCCGUUACCGCUCCCCGAUGAUAUUUUUGCAAGAUUGGCCCAUUGCGAAUUUUUUAGCAAAGUGGAUUUGUCAGACGCAUUUUUGCAAGUUGAGAUUGAAGAGCGUUACAGGCCCCUUUUAACGAUCAACACGCAUCGAGGUCUUUACCUUUACAAUCGUCUGCCUCCUGGAUUAAAGGUUGCGCCAGCCGCGUUCCAGCAGAUAAUGGAUGCGAUGCUCGCCGGAUUGUGUUACACUUCUGGCUAUCUGGACGACGUUGUUGUCGGGGGAAGAACUGAAGAAGAGCACGAUGAAAAUCUCAACAAGGUGCUUCAGCGUAUUAAAGAAUUUGGGUUUACUAUCAAAGCUGAGAAGUGUGCUUUUAAGACGCAUCAGAUAGAGUACCUCGGGCACAUAAUUGAUCGUACUGGCCUUAGACCAAAUCCAGAGAAAAUUGAUGCUAUUGUAAACCUACCAGCUCCAUCAAAUGUGAAUGAAGUCCGCUCGUUUUUGGGUGCCAUUAAUUACUACGGAAAAUUUGUGCCUAACAUGCGGAAUUUGAGAUACCCCCUGGAUAACUUGUUGAAAGAUGGCAAUCAGUUUGUAUGGACGAAGCAGUGCGGAGAGGCCUUCAGAAAGUUCAAGGAAAUAUUAAAGUCUGAUCUGCUUCUGACACAUUAUGACCCUACGGCUGAAAUCAUAGUAGCCGCAGACGCCUCAUCGGUUGGGCUCGGAGCCACCAUUAGCCACAAGUUUCCGGAUGGAUCAAUAAAGGUGGUGCAGCACGCGUCACGGGCUCUAACGAAAGCAGAAGAGGGGUACAGCCAGAUUGACCGCGAAGGACUGGCUAUCAUCUUUGCAGUAACCCGAUUCCACAAGAUGCUUUAUGGCAGGCAUUUCCGCCUCCAAACCGACCACAAGCCAUUGCUGCGCAUCUUUGGAUCAAAAAAGGGAAUUCCUGUGUAUACUGCCAACCGGCUGCAGCGGUUCGCUCUAGCGCUGCAGCUAUACGACUUCGAAAUCGAGUACAUACCCACGGAUAAAUUCGGCAAUGCAGACCUGCUGUCGCGGCUCAUCAGCAAGCACGCGAAACCGGAGCAGGAGUACAUGAUCGCGAAAGUUGCAGCAGCUACGAAAAAGGACCCUCUACUGCGCGAACUGUACCGCUACGUCCAAUCGGGUUGGCCAGGCAAGGUCAGUUAUGGUGCGGAAUUGGCCCAAUUCCACAACAGAAGGGAAGCACUGACGACCGUUGGCGACUGUAUCCUCUUCGGAGAGAGGAUUGUGAUUCCCGCAGCUUUGCAGCAGAGAUGCCUUAGACAGCUUCAUCAAGGGCAUCCGGGCAUCCAGCGAAUGAAGGCGAUUGCACGCAGUUUCGUGUAUUGGCCAUCAUUGGACAGCGACAUCGCCGAUCGAGUUGCUUCAUGCGAAGCAUGCCAGGCUGCGGCGAAAUCACCACCAUCCCAGAUACCAUCAUGUUGGCCGAAGCCACCUGGGCCUUGGCACCGCGUACACAUCGAUUACGCUGGACCUGUGGAGGGAGCCUAUUUCCUGAUUGCGGUAGAUGCCUACUCCAAGUGGCCGGAAAUCAUUAAAACUUCCAACGGCCAGGCAGAGCGAUUUGUGGAUACCUUCAAGCGAUCACUGAAGAAAAUACGGGCGAGGAACGUGUCCCUUGAAGAGGCCCUGGACUUGUUUCUUCUCACGUAUCGCUCAACACCAAAUCCUGCUUUGGACCAGCGCACACCAGCCGAAGUGAUGUUUGGAAGAACGACCAGGACAAUUCAUCAUCUAUUGCGCCCUCCUGCAGCAUCGGAGUCUACAGCGAAGGAUGACUUUCGUGAAUACCAGCCUGGUGAUUUAGUGUAUGCCAAGGUGUAUCGGGCAAACUCUUGGAAUUGGAUAGCAGGGAGGAUUGCUCGCAGAAUUGGCAACGUCAUGUACGAGGUUGUGUCGCACGACCAGAGAAGACUUCGGCGUCAUGUGAAUCAGCUCCGCCGCCGUGUCGCUAGCUCAUCAGAACGGAACGAGAUGGAUCAGCACCAAUUUCCCCUUAGUUUACUUUUAGAUGAGAUGAGUUUGACGUCUCGUCAGCAGUCGCCGUCCGCUUCGCUGCCAACGGAGCCAGCCUCAUCUUCAGCAGCACCGGCGCUGACAGGGGUUCAGCGAGCACCGGCAUCAUCGCCAGCAUCAUCCGUGCAACCGGAGGUACAACGAGCGGCUUCGUCUAGUGGCAGCAGCAACACCCAGCAGACACAGCUACCACGACGAUCUUCUAGGACUAGAAGACUGCCUCGUAGGUUCAGCGCGUAUCGGCUGAAUUAAAAGGGGGAGGUGUUGAGUGUAUACUCGACCAAGCAGCGGAGGCCCGGACCGUAACGCCGUUACUCGGUCCUGUCAACGGAUGACAGCGAUCGACGUGCCAUGCGGUUCAUCCUUCGUGUUCGGGCUUCGGGACCGAUCGGCCUCUUUCUUGAUCCAGCCGCUGCCGAGACAGGACGCGUUAGACGAGCGAAGUUUUAGCGUGUGUGUGUGUGUGCGUGUGUAAUAAGCGUAAUAAGUGUAAUGUAAUAAAUAAGUUUUAAUUUGUUGUAAACCGCAA